AUGAGCUCCUGUACGCUGCCCAAGAAACUUGACGCCUGAUGGGACGGGACGGAACUUAGGGACACCAGCUGAUGCGAUUUAUCUCCAGUGAAACAAUUCAUUCGAAAUGUGCGCGCCGCGAAGACGAUUGCGGACGAGCGAGCCGUCGUACAGAAAGAGAGUGCAGCAAUACGAAACAGCUUCAGGGAGGAGAGUCAUAAUUCAGACUUGCGGUAUGGUCCGGUCAAAUGAAGGAAACAUUGUGGACAAUGCGCUCAUUCAAUGGCAGGCGGAAUAAUGUCGCCAAACUGCUAUACCUCUUCACUCUGGGUGAGCGGACACACUUUGGCCAAAUUGAAUGUCUGAAGCUGCUGGCGUCGCCGCGCUUUGCGGACAAGCGGUUGGGUUAUUUGGGGACGAUGCUGCUGCUAGACGAAAACCAAGAGGUCUUGACGCUAGUCACUAACUCGUUGAAAAAGUGAGGCUCAUUGCGAAUUCAUUUAGACACGCCAAGCUAACGGGUGCUAGUGACCUCAAUCACAGCAACCAGUACAUUGUAGGGCUCGCCCUCUGCACAUUAGGAAACAUUGCCUCGAUCGAGAUGUCGCGCGACCUUUUCCCCGAAGUCGAAACAAUACUGUCCUCUUCAAACCCGUACAUUCGAAGAAAGGCGGCUCUCUGCGCGAUGAGAAUAUGUCGAAAGGUACCAGACCUGCAGGAGCACUUUUUAAACAAGGCGAAGCUAUUGCUCAACGACCGUAACCAUGGUGUACUACUCAGCGGCCUGACCCUUGUCAUUAGCAUGUGCGAGGCUGAUGAGGAAGAAGGAGGGGAGAUGGGCGUCGUGGAAAUGUACAGACCGAUUACUGGCAGUUUAGUGAAGGUGCUGAAAGCUCUUUCCCAGUCUGGAUAUGCGCCGGAGCAUGAUGUUACGGGUAUCACAGACCCGUUCUUACAGGUCAAGAUAUUGAGGCUAUUGAGAGUGCUGGGAAGAGGGGAUCCCCAGACGAGCGAACAGAUCAACGACAUCCUGGCUCAAGUUGCGACCAAUACCGAAGCAUCCAAGAAUGUUGGCAACUCGAUUCUUUACGAGGCCGUACUGACCAUCUUGGACAUAGAGGCUGAUUCUGGACUGCGCGUACUUGGCGUGAACAUACUCGGAAAGUUCCUCACCAACAAGGAUAACAACAUUCGAUAUGUGGCAUUGAACACACUCUUGAAAGUCGUUGCAAUUGAGCCGAAUGCGGUGCAAAGGCAUCGAAACACAAUACUGGAUUGUCUUCGGGACCCAGAUAUCAGUAUUCGCAGGCGAGCUUUGGACUUGAGUUUUACUCUGAUCAACGAGUCAAACGUGCGAGUUCUGAUCAGAGAAUUGCUUGCCUUCCUGGAAGUGGCAGACAACGAGUUCAAGCCGAUCAUGACGAGCCAGAUCGGUAUUGCUGCAGAUCGAUUCGCCCCCAACAAGCGAUGGCACGUCGACACUAUGCUGCGCGUGUUAAAGCUCGCCGGCAACUACGUCAAGGAGCAGAUUUUGUCAUCUUUCGUUCGCCUCAUUGCAACCACGCCAGAAUUGCAGACGUAUUGUGCUCAAAAGCUCUACGCUGCAUUGAAAGACGACAUUAGUCAAGAAGGGCUCAAUCUCGCAGGCGCGUGGGUCAUUGGGGAGUACGGCGACGCCCUCCUUCGAGGCGGUUCAUACGAAGAGGAGGAGCUUGUGAAAGAGGUCAAAGAGAACGAAAUAGUAGACCUCCUCACAGCCAUCCUCAACUCGAGCUAUGCUGGUCAAAGCGUUACGGAGUAUAUUAUUACCGCUGCUAUAAAGCUUACAACUCGCCUUCAGGACCCGGGACAGAUCGACAAAUUAAGAAGACUUCUACUAAGCCGGCAAGCAGAUCUUGACGUGGAAGUUCAGCAACGAUCCGUCGAGUAUGGUAAUCUUUUUGGCUACGAUCAGGUACGACGCGGUGUACUCGAGCGGAUGCCUCCGCCUGAGAUUCGCGAAGAACAGCGAGUACUUGGCGAAGCAACGCACAAGUCAAAGCGGCAAAGCAAAGUACCUGCGAAGAAGAAGCCCAGCCAGAUCACGGAACAGGAUAUGCUCCUUGACCUCAUGGGUGGGGACUCGAGCAUGCCUACGGCCGACAUGAGCGCCACAAUGAACGGUUCGCAAAGCAACAACGCAGAUCUGCUCGCCGACAUACUUGGUGGUAACGAUGCAGCGUCAUCGCCUGUCUCACAGUCCACUUCUGCGGCACCCAACGGUCAGCCGAGACCACAGAGCAACAUGGAUUCGAUCAUGGAUCUCUUUGGAGGCUCACAACCUUCUACCGCUCAGACUCCGUCUGCAAUGCCAAGCUCGUCCGCAUCCAAUGACAUGCUUGGCGGCUUUGGUGGAGCCCCUUGGCAACCGCAGCAACAAGUUCACACUGCAUACAACAAAAACGAUCUGCACAUCACCUUUGGAGUCCAGCGUGACUCACAGGCUGUGCAAGUCAAGGCCAAUUUCCGCAACUUAAGCAACUUUGACACCCUAAGUGCACUCAAUCUUCAAGCUGCGGUACCCAAGACACAGAAACUGCAGCUACAAGCUAUCAGCUCAUCGGGGCUUGAGGGAGGACAAGAAGCCACACAGCAAAUGCGUAUCACCAGUGUGCAGGGAGUAAGUGGACACGCAAGUCCCAGUUCUAUGCUUUUCACUAACAAGACACUAGACUCCUCCAGCGAAGCUGCGAUUACGCCUGAAGAUCACAUACGUCAAGGAUGGCGGCGCUCCCGUCACUGAGCAAGUGGAUUGGUCUGAACCGACGUAG